AUGCCUAUGCUCCGCAACCCCUCGGACAAAUACGAUGCCUUCCACCCUCCAGACCUCCCAGACAGGACAUGGCCUUCCAAGCGGCUUACAAAGAAACCGCGUUGGCUGGCGACUGAUCUACGCGAUGGAAAUCAGGCCCUCGCAUGCCCAAUGAACGUAGAGCAAAAGUGGGAAUACUUCCAAAUGCUCCUCCGGGUGGGAUUCACAGAGAUCGACAUCUCCUUCCCCAGCGCAUCCGAUACCGAAUACAAUUUCACACGCAACGUCGUCGCCUCCGCCCCCUCAAACGUGUGGCUCCAAGUCCUCUCACCAUGUCGAAAGGAACUCAUUCGACGCACAGUCGACAGCGUCACCGGCGCAAAGAAGGCAAUCAUCAGUCUAUAUAUCGCAACAAGCGACAGUUUUAUCAAAACCAUGUUCGACUCCACGCAAGAAGCCGUCCUCCGCACAGCAGUCGAAUGCGUCGAGUACACCCGCUCCAUCACGAAAGAUGAUCCAACUCAGCAAAACACAACCUGGAAUUUGAUGUUCAGCCCCGAGGCAUUCUCAGACACAGAUCCAGCCUACGCCAUCGCAGUCUGUAAAGCAGUAAAAGAAGCUUGGGAUCCAUCAGAGGAUAUUCCUAUCAUCCUCAACCUACCGGCGACAGUUGAGCGCUGCACACCAAACACAUACGCGGACCAGGUCGAGAUCUUCUCCCGCGCGUUUGCCGACAAUGAAGAUGUAGUGGUUUCCCUCCACCCUCACAACGACCGAGGCUGCGCUGUCGCCGCCGCCGAACUCGGUCAGCUAGCCGGUGCCACCCGUGUUGAAGGCUGUCUCUUCGGCAACGGUGAGCGAACGGGGAAUGUUGACCUAGUAACGCUCGCACUGAACCUCUACAGUCAAGGCGUGAAUCCGGGACUGGAUUUCUCUGAUCUCCCUUCCAUUCGGAAGACGGUAGAGAAAAUCACCCAAAUCCCUGUGCACCUCCGCGCACCAUAUGCCGGUGACUCGGUCUUCAUGGCAUAUAGCGGGUCGCACCAGGAUGCGAUAAACAAGGGCUUCAAGAAGUGGCGCGAUGGGAAUACCGUGCCUGAUCAACGCAGUAUCUGGAAAGUUCCUUAUUUACCCAUCGAUCCUGAGGAUAUCGGAGAGACAUACGAAGCUGUUAUCCGGAUCAAUUCCCAGAGUGGGAAGGGCGGUGUAGCCUGGGUCCUACAGCGGACUUUGGACUUGCAACUACCCAAAGAGUUCCAGCAGGCAUUUUCCAAGAUCGUCAAGUCCGAGUCUGAGGAAAAGGGGAGAUGGCUAACAGAGGCGGAAAUUACUCAUUCGUUCUUGCGUCAUUACUCUAUUUUGGAGAAUGAUCCACGAAUUCUGGAGUGUUCUGUGACUACCAAGUCGGAUGGCACAGGACGCGUUAUCAUGCAGUCUAUCAUUUUGGUUCAGGGUCGGCCGCGUCAGGUCGUGGCUACGGGCGAGAAUGCUGCCGAUGCUGUUUCUUUUGCAUUUUCUUCCUUGGCGAAUUUGAAUUUGGAGUUUGAGAUUGUCCUCCGUGAUAUUCAAGGAGCUGAUGGAGAGCCUCUUCUUAUUGCCCUGGUCAAGUGUAGGAAUGUUUGGCGUGCAAGGGCUGCCAAGCGGGGUGAUGUUGCAAUCGCCUUGGCGUGUUUGUCUUCUGCUCUGGUAUGUCUCUCUCCUGCAUUUUGGGUUCAAUACUGA